UGGAAGCAGGUUGGUUUUAAAUCUCCAAACAAAACUCUGCUGUUCCCCUUGCUUGUAACACGGGGCCAAUGACAGUAAAUUAAAACUGGAACUGCCUUCUCCUUCUGCUCCGUGUGGCCAAUCUUCUGAUUCGGAGAAUAAACGAAACCGAAAGUUGAGAGCGGUCGUCUUUCGUAGAAAUAAAAACGACCGUAGUUUUACUGAUGUUGUUUUUGAAAGUUUACGGAACUAUCGUGUGGACGCUAUCAUGGCUUUAUCGCUGGGGGUUUGGCCCGUUCAUCUCCUGGCUGUACCGGUGGUCUGCCAUUAAUAUGAGAUGGAAGCGAGGUAAGAGAAUAAUGCCCGCGACUGACAAGAAUCGAGGAUCAAAAUCAGAAAUGAAUUUUGUUGGAUUGAAUAAUCAGGGAUCCACAUGUUAUCUGAACACAUUACUUCAAACCUGGUUCAUGACUCCAGAAUUUAAAGAUUGCAUUCGCAGAUCACAAACUCAAGAUUGUUUAAUAGAUAAACUGAAAAACCUGUUUGAACGAUUAGAAAGUGAAAAUUAUCAAUCCGUGUGUACAAAAAGCUUGACUUCCUACUUGGGAUUAAAUGUUUACAAACAGUGCGAUAUCGAAGUAUGUUUUCGCAGUCUGAUGAGCAAACUGAGCACCACAAUGGACAAAGAGAACAAUAUUCUGAAGAUUUAUCAGGUCACAAUGGUUCACUCAAUGAUAUGUUCAAAAUGCAACAUACCGUUGGACAAGGAGAAUUUUUUCCUGGAUAUACCUCUAUCUAUGUGUUCAGCUAAUUCGUUGGUGAAGUUUAACUGUAUUGAAGAUUCUCUUCGAGAGUUUUUGGGCAAGGAAAAGAUGGAAGGCGACAACAAAUGUUAUUGUGACGUCUGUGGGAAAAAGACUGAAUCAACAUCUAGAUAUUAUUUUAAGAAUUUGCCACAAAUUCUUACAUUUCAACUAAAACGAUUUGAAUUUGACUACUACUGUAUGCGAUAUAGGAAAAUUGAAGAUUACAUUAGACUUCCAUCAGAUUUGGUAUUUAAGAAAUCCAAGGAGCAACUUGGUUCGCAUAAACGGCGUCAUGAUGAUAUGGAAGAAGGACAAGGUUCCGUUCCAACCCAGCAGUUCCAGGGAGGAACAUCUAAGGAUUGUGGAGGGAGAUCAGAGGAAGCUCAAGAUCAGUCGGAACAAGAUUCUACACAGCAAAAGUUGAAGAAGCGGAAAAUGCUGAACAUGAAGAAGGACAUGGAGAACAGAGAGAUCAAUGUGGACAAUAUUGAUCUGCAAGGGCAGUUGAAGAUUGAGGAGAUGAGCAUUCAGGGGGAUAAAUCCCCAGGACACCCAGGGAUCUAUCCCAGUCUACCGAGAGAGGAGAGUAACGCCCAGAAUAACCACAGUUUAGAGGCCAUGGAACGAGGGCAAAGUAAGACUUCACCUCUGCAAGGGCAGGAAGAAUCUUCUGUGAAUGGUGAAGGGAGAAUGACUGAGGCAGCUCCAGGUCAGUCAGAGCAAGACUCAACAGUGGACAAGAAGAAGGACAUGGAGAACAGAGAGAUCAGUGUGGACAAUAUUGAUGUGCAAGGGCAGUUGAAGAUUGAGGAGAUGAGCAUUCAGGAGGAUGAAUCCCCAGGUCACCCAGGGAUCUAUCCCAAGCUACCGAGCGAGGAGAAUAACGCCCAGAAUAACCACAGUUUAGAGGCCAUGGAACGAGGGCAAAGUAAGACUUCACCUCUGCAAGGGCAGGAAGAAUCUUCUGUGAAUGGUGAAGGGAGAAUGACUGAGGCAGCUCCAGGUCAGUCAGAGCAAGACUCAACAGUGGACAAGGAGCGUAACGCCCAGAAUAACCACAGUUUAGAGGCCAUGGAACGAGGGCAAAGUAAGACUUCACCUCUGCAAGGGCAGGAAGAAUCUUCUGUGAAUGGUGAAGGGAGAAUGACUGAGGCAGCUCCAGGUCAGUCAGAGCAAGACUCAACAGUGGACAAGGAGAAUAAUUCUGGGAAUAACCACAUUAUUACGGCCGUGGAAUGUGGGCAAGGUGAUCUUUCAACUCUGCAAGUGAAAGUUAUUCUUAAGGAAGAAUAUUCUGUGAAUGAUGAAGAGAGACCAACUGAAGCUCAAGGUCAGUCAGAACAAGAUUCUACAGAGGACAAGGAGAAUCAUUCCCCAAGUGAAGGCCCUGCUGUGGUGACGGGAGAACAAAGUUCCACUCCAACCCGUCAAGGGCAGAAUGGAAAUCCUGAGAAUUGUGAAGUGGGAACAUCUUGGACACCUCAAGAUCAGUCAGAGCAAGUUUCCCCAGAGGACAAGGAGAAUCAUUCCCCAAGUGAAGGCCCUGCUGUGGUGACGGAAGAACAAAGUUCCACUCCAACCCGUCAAGGGCAGAAUGGAAAUCCUGAGAAUUGUGAAGUGGGAACAUCUUGGACACCUCAAGGUCAGUCAGAGCAAGUUUCCCCAGAGGACAAGGUGAAAGAGUAUGAACUAUUUGCAAUCUGGCACCACUUUGGAAGUUAUGGAAGCGGACAUUAUAUUGCUGAAAUAAAAGCAGACUCUGGUGACUGGUACUCCUUUGAUGAUACAUUUGUUAAAAAGAUCGGGAAAAAUAUCAAUCUAAGGUCCACAAGUGCCUACAUGGUUAUGUACAGACUGGUAGACACAAACAAGGAAGCAGGGUCUGAUGCCACAACACCCGAGCAGUGUCAAACACAAGACCCAGAAUACCAGGAAUAUCAGGAAUACCAGGAAUACCAGGAAUACCCGGAUACAGGAGUCAAAGAAUUGUUGAACACAACGACGUCACAAACAGUGUGACAGACGUGGUCAAUUGUUCAUCUUCUGAAUUUAUUUUGAUAUUAUCUUAAAACUCAUAGGAAUAAAACUCAUAGGAAUCGAAUGCAUUUCGUUGUCUCUGUACUGUACACUGACAAUGGCAAUUAAAAUUGAAUCCGAAUCUGAAUAAUAGGUAGUUGUAAUGAACUGGCUGAAAAUUCUUGUUGCAUUUAAGAUGAAGUAUGGCUCUACUACCUGCAAUAAUGUUAAUGUUGUUCUAUUAAAGCAAGAAUUGUAUCUGUUAUAAAAUGUUUAGUAUUACUUACGGACAUCCAUGGGAGAUGAGUAUUAGGCCUCGCAGAUUAAAAAUUAUCUUCAAGCGAAACAUAAGUCAAAUGCGGUGCACUCCUUUUGUAAGGAGGAUAUAAGUCACCAUUUUUUAAACAUUUCCUGUUCCUUAUGGAUAAUGUUUCUAUAUGGUGUUUCCACAAUGCUUUUUAUGCGCUUAUUCUAAAAUGUAUUUUUAAAAAUAAAAAUAUUUGUGUUCAGAAA